GACUCGUUGCUGGUUCUUUAUGGAGGUUGCUCCUUGCUUGCUUUGUCUCUGGAGGCUGCAAUGGAUAUUACAAGAGGAAGCCUGGAUGGAAUUUCAAGGCCAGCAUCUAGCUCAAGAAUUAAUCAUGGAAGCAAAGUUUUAAGUUCAUCCCUAGAGAUUUUAACGCCAGAACCAGACCUGCCUAAGGCUGAUUUUUGCAAUAAUCCCAUAGGAGAGAACUCAAAAGAAAAUUAUGAUAAAAAUGGAGAGGAAUAUGGAACUCAAAAAAUUAGGCUCUCAGAACAAAUAUCUGAAGAAAAAACUGAUGAUUUUCAGCAGGUGGUACAGCAUACAAAUCAGGUGGCAGAAUAUUCUUCAAGUUCAGUAGAUUCUGAAGAUGACUGUGCUGAAAAUAAACUGUGUUGCAGCAGUGCUUCUCAGAAUAAGCUAGUUGAACCACAAAAAGUGACAUUCAGCUCUGCAAACCUGGAUGAUUCUAAGGAGAAAAGUAUAGAUCCUCUCAUCCUGAAAGCAAUAAAGAAGAUGAAAAGGCUGGACCAGAUAUUGGCAAAUAAACAAUCCCAGGAAAGAGCUGUCAAAAGGCAAGGCAGAGAAAUGAGAGCAAAACUAUGGGAAGAGUUUCAGUCUAUGACAUCCCGAAGUUCUUCAAUAAUUACUGAAGAGGAAGAAAACACCAGCAGAUUUUUAGCUUUGAACUCACCAUUACCUGUAACACCUGAUCUUUCUGCUUGCGAAGAUAAUGAAACGUUUAACAUAUUUAAAACUCAGCUUCCUCCAGAAAAUUAUGAGAUUAACAGAAAACAAACAAAGCAAGGUGAUUCAACUGACAGUAUAACAAGAAGUUCAGUGAAGAAAAUGGAAAAUGUUCAGCCAAAAAGUGAAACAAGCUUUAAAAAAACCCCAAACUUUGUUAAAAAGAACAUAGAGUUGGCCAAAGAUUUGUCAAGUCAAGUUGUUAUGCUAGAUGAAGAAAGACAGAGACUAUCAGAAUUAUUGAAAGACACUGAAAAUGACAACAGUAAACUUCAAGCUGAGGAAGAAGCAACUGGAUUGUUAGUACCAGGUGAAGGAUAUACACCUGAACCAAUGGAAUAUCAUCACCUUGCAGAAAUCAAUGCUAAACUCAAAAUAAUAAUAUCUGAUGGAGAGUUGCCUGUAGUUCAGGGCUCCUUUUCAAAAGCUUCCAGAAAGAUGUAUCAGGAAUCCUUGGCUUAUGCAAAUAGAAAGCUGAAAACAAUUCCAGGUGAAAAGGUCUUAAGAGACACUAAAGAAGAACGUGAUCAGCAAAACAGGCUUAAAGAAAUCGACCAGCAGCUGAAAAAUCUAGGAGAAACUCCAGAUGUACUUCCUUGCCUCUCAGAAGAGCAACUUAAUGCCCUUCUGGAAGACUGUAUGCAAAGCACAAGAAGAGGAUGCAGUCUUGGUCUGACAAAAUGUCAGGAACAUUCUCUUGAGAGGAUGAGUCCUUGUUGUGACAUCUUUGAAGACAAUAUGCCAGACUCUAGGAAUGAACUGUUAGAUGAUAUUCAACGGCCAGCAAACCAGGAAAUGCUUGGAGGUGAGAAUAAAGAUAUAUUUUCAAAGGAAAGUAUAGUCUCCUGCUGUAAUCUCAGCAAGACAUUUCUUGAAUUUCCCAUGUCGGAAAAAAAGGGAAAUGAAAAUCAAGAAGGACAAGAGGAGGCAGCACAUACUGCUAACAGCUCUGAAGACCACUUCAUGUCAAUAGUUCUUAGUACAGACAAGAUGAAAAAGCCUCCUUUUCUUGAUGAACCUUUUUAUUGUGUCAGCGUGAACAAUGAGCUAUCCACAAAUGCCAACAUUCCUAGCAUGCCACUGAAAACCAGAGGAGGUGAGGCUCUUAACAUAACUUUAGAAUAA